AUGGCGCUCUUUGCUGCUUUUGUUCGUUUGCCUCCCUUCCUCUUCCUCUUGCUGCUGUGGGGCCCCCUGUCUUCACUUUUGUUGCUGCCGAUUGCAUGCAGCAGCAGCACCACCAGCAGCGGCAGCAGCAGCACCAGCACCAGCACCAGCAGCAGCAGCAGCAGCAACAGCAGCAGCAGCAACAGCAGCAGCAACAGCAGCAGCAGCAACAGCAGCAGCAGCAGCAGCAGCAGCAACAGCAGCACGAGUCGACGUUUAGGUGCAUCUACACCUGGGCUGCGAUCGCAGCCGCUGAUUCAUUUCCCACUCUCCAGCGCCUCUACUUAUUUUGCAGAUAGGACCAAUGCAGCAGCAGCAGCAGCAGCAGCAAACUACCCUGCUGCUGUCUUCUUAAAUGAAGACCUGUCGCCCCUGGAGGCGUACACAGCGCUACCUGCUGCUGCCGCUGCUGCAGCAGCAACAACAGCAGCUACAGAAGCAGCACAAGCUGCAGCAACAGCAGCAGCAGAUGCAGCACAUGCUGCAACAAAUGCAGCAACGGGAGCUGCGGAGGCAGCAGCAGCAGCAGCGCAGCAGCUGCUGAGCUCAGCAGCAACACCAGCAGUAACACCCCUUCUAGCAGCAAAACCCGGUUCCUUGUCUUUGUCUCCUCAGCUGCAGCAGCAGCUGCUGCAGCGACUAAUCCCUCCUGCCCUACGACAGCAGCAGCCGGUUGCUGCUCAGCAUUCCAUUGGCGAAGUAGCAGCAGCAGCAGCUGCUGCUGCUGCUGCAGCAACUGAGGAAGCAGCACGGGGCCUUCUUCCAGGUGUACGUACACCCCAGGACCUGCUGCUGCAGCUGCAGCAACUGCUACGUGCAGCUUAUUAUACAUCUGAAGAAGCAAAUAAAAUAGCAGAAGAUUUUAUCUCCUACAGAUUAACACAUCCUCACGACUCCUGGGUAGAGGCCCUAGACUCCUUCGAGCGAGCAGCAAAAGAGCUGAGGCAGCAGCAGCAGCAGCAGCAGGGGGAGGGGGUGCAGCAGUCGCAGCAGAACCUGCAGCAGCUGCAACAACAACUACGGCAGCAGCUGCAGCAACAACAAAUAUACCAGCAGCUUCGCCAGCAGCAGCAAGAAGGACUGCAGCAAAAGCAGCGGCAGCAACCACAGCAACCACAGCAGCAGCAACACUACCAACUGCAGCAGCAGCAGCAGCAACAGCAGCAAGAUUCAACGCUGCAAGUGACGCAGCAACAACACCAGGAACUGUUGCAACUGCACCAUGAGCUGCAACAGCAGCAUCAGCAGCUCCUGCAGGCACAACUGCACCAACUGCUACAGCAGCAGCAGCAGCAGCAGCAGAAGCAGCAGCAGCAGCAGCAUUCGGGUAUUCUUAAUCAUACCACAACCGCUCGCGUACUGCAGCAGCAGGAGCAGCAAGACAAGCAGCAGAAUGCGCAGCAGCAGAAUGGGCUGCAGAAGCAGAAUGAGCAGCAGCAGCAGCAGCAGCAGCAGCAGCAAGAUAAGCAGCAGCAAAGCGAGCAGCAGCAGCAGCAGCAGCAAGUGGACGUGAAAGAGCAACAGCUAGGUGAAGAGGAGCAGCAGCAGCACGACAAAGGGCAGCAGCAAAAGCAGCAGCACGUACAGGGCGACGAGCAGCAGCAGCAGCAGCAGCAACAACAAAAACAACAGCAGCAGCAACAGAAACAGCAGCAGCAGAAGGAAGCGACUCUGCCUGUUCCCCCCCGCCGUCUGGGUGCACUGGCUGCGUUUGGCGGUGCUCUCCUGCGGCGCCUCAGCAGCAGCAGCAGCAGCAGCAGCAGCAGCAACAGCAGCAGCAGCAGGGCACUACGACGGGAGCGAGCGCGUAUACGUGGUGUCGUAAUGAGUGAAGCAGAAGGAGGGUUUGGAGUGUUGGGUAGUGGGGUGCGAGAAGUGAAAGGCGGGGCUUCUGCUGCUGCUGCUGCUGCUUCGCUGCUGCAGCCUCGCAGGGAUGAGCUGCAGCAGCUACUCUCUCGCAUUGUUGCUGCCCCCUCAUGCAUUCUGGACAAUGUUCGUAUAGCAGGUCUCCCUGCAGAAGUAGAUAAAAGAAGCAGCCUUAGUUCUUGUCAAGCUUCAUGCCGAGCUGCUCAGCUGCUUGCAGCAGCAGCAGCAGCAGCAGCAGCAGCAGCAGAUCCCCAAAGUAUGCAAAGUAUGCGUGUUAUUCCUCAGCCCUGCCACUUCAUAUCUUUUAGUUUGUAUAAUAAUCUCUGCUAUAAAUACAGCACAUUAAGCAGCACUCAAUCUGCUUCAGGCUUCAUAUCUACUUCAGCUAACUGCCCUAUUCCUGCUGCUGCUGCUGCUGCAGCUGCUGCUGCUGUGCCUACCGCGGGGGGAGAUGAUGCUGCAGCACAAGCAGCAGAAGAAACAAAUCCAGCAGCGUUUGCUGCUAGUACUCAGCAGCAGCUGCAGCAAGAUCCGCUGCUUGAAGGCAAUGCUCAUGAAGUAGUUAACGACAUCUUAAGCUUUUUCUUUCCUCCUGCUGCAGCAGCAGAGACUCAGCUGCUGCUCCUUGAAGCAGCAAAUACGCCCCCACUUGACACAGAUCCAGCAGCAGCUGCUGCAGCAACAGCAGCAACAGCAACAGCAGCAGAAAGCGCAGCAGCAGCUACCAGUCCAUCCUUCUUUGAUCAGUGGGGGGCCCCUGCAGCAAAGCAGCAGCAGGAGCAACCGCAACAGCAGCAGAUGCAGCUGCAACAGGCGCAGCAGCAGCUGCUGCUGCAGCAGCUGCUGCAACAGCAGCAAGCAUUGGAUUCUGCUGCUCUCCCUGCUGCAGCCGGUUCCCCUCCUCUACAGGCGAACGCAGCAGCAGCAGCAGCAACAGCAGCAGCAGCAGCAGCAGGUGAGCAGCAGAUGCAUGCCCUACCCUUUGAUGGCAGCCUAAGGCCUUCAUUUCCCCGGGUGUCGCUGCAGCAGCAACAGCAUUUUGCUGCUGCAAGCUCAGCUGUCUCCUCACCUGAUGCUGCGUUUCUUCCUUUCAGAGGCCCCAUAGGAGACAGCAGCAGCCCUGCUGCUGCUACUGCUGUAGCUGCUGCUGCUGCUGCUGCUGCUGCUGCUGAACGCGGAGCAGAAGGGAGAAAGGAGACAAACAGACGCAGAGAACGAUCACCUUCUGCUGCAGAAGCAGCAGCAGCAGCAGCAGCUGCUGCUGCUGCUGCAGCAACAGCAUCAGCAACAAGAGCAGCACCCGCAGCAGCAACACGAGCAGCAGCAGCGGCAACUCCAGCAGUAGAAGGGUUAGGUGAAAAUGUAAUUGAGGGACAGGAAGACCCCCAGACAUAUGCGCAGCAGCAGCAGCAGCAGCAGCAGCAACAUGAAGGUGAAGCUGACAGGGGCAACUACCAGCAUGCGAGUGAUAAUGAACAGCUCUUGCUGCAGCAGCAACAAGAGCUGCAGCAGCAGCAAGACCUCCGGCAGCAACAAGAGCUGCAGCAGCAGCAAGAGCUGCGGCAGCAACAAGAGCUGCAGCAGCAGCAAGAGCUGCGGCAGCAACAAGAGCUGCAGCAGCAACAAAUCCAGCAGCAGCAACAACAAGAUCUGCAGCAGCAACAAGAGCUGCUGCAGCAGCAACUCCAGCAGCAGCAACAAGAGCUGCUGCAGCAGCAACUUCAGCAACAGCAACAAGAGCUGCAGCAGCAACAACUCCAGAAGCAACAACAAGAGCUGCAGCAGCAGCUGGAGGUGCAGCAGCAACAAGAGCUGCAGCAGCAACUAGAGCUGCAGCAGCAACUGAAGCUCCAACAGCAACAGCAACAGGAGCAGCAGGAGAAGCAGCAACAAGAGCUGCUGCAGCAAGAGCUCCGGAAGCAGCAUGUGCAGAAGGUAUUGCAGCUGCUUGCUGAGCAGCCUUUGCAGGCAGAGCAGCAACUGCAGCAGGAGCAGCAGCAGCAGCAGCCUGUUGGGUCGCAGCUGCAGCACAUAAACCAGCUGUACACUCAGCCGCAGCUGCAGCAGCAGGAAGACCAGUAUUCGCUGCAGCAGAGCCUCCCGCAACAGCAGCAGCAGCAGCAACAGCAACAGCAACAGCAACAGCAGCAGCAGCAGACGGAGCAGCAGAAAUAUCUGCAGCAGCAAUACGAAAAGCAGUACCAAUACGAGCAGCAGCAGCAGCAGCAACAGCAGCAGCAGCAGCAACAGCAGCAGCAGCAGUUGCUUCCUGUCUCUGUUUCUCCUCCAAGAGAUUGGGUUGAGGCAGGGCCUGGAGAGGGCUCAGCCCUAAACCCCUCUGCAGCUGCAGCAGCAGCAGCAGCAGCAGCAAGAUACGGCAGCAACAGCAGCAGCAGCACACUGCAGUACCCUAUAUACAACGAGCAGCGGCAACAGCAGCUGCAACAGACGCAGCAGCAGCAGCUAGAGCAGCAGCAACUGCAGCAGCAGCAGGAUGAAGAGUACUUAAAACAGCAGCUGCAGCAGCUUCAACUGGUGCAGCAGCAGCAGCAACUGAGUCAUCCCGGUUUCUCUCAGCAGCCGCAGCAGCAGCAACAGCAACAGGUGCAGUCGUACCCCUACUCGCAGCUGCAGCAGCAACAGGCUCUGCAGAUGCUACAGCAGCAGCUGCAGCAGGAGCAGCUGCUGCUGCAGACAGACCCGUCGCUGCUAGCUGAAACCCCUGCUUCAGACGCGCAACUGCAGCAGCAGUUUCAGCAGCAGCUGCAGGAUCAGCUUCAGCAGCAGCUUCGGCAGCAGCUACAGGAACUGCAGCAGCAGCGGCAGCAGCCACAGGGUAAUCCAUCAUCUCCUUCAUCUUCUCAGCAGCAGCAGCAGCCGCAGCAGCAGACUCAGGUAGAGCCGAUAGUAGGUGCAAUUGAAGCAGCAGCAAUUGCACUUCUCGCAGCAAAUUCAAUAUUAAAGACAGGCGACAAAGUAAUGAGUGCGCUUCCAGUAGAAGAAGUGCUGCAGCUGUCGCAGCAGCUGCAGCAAUCGGGUUUCUUGCGCAGCAGAGGUGUGCAGGUCUUGGGCCUAAGGGCGCCGCUCUUCACAAAUAAUAAACGUGAGCUCUUACCUCCUCCUGGCGUCGGCAAACCCUUCGUUAUUUGCGCGAGAAAAGGGAUGACUUGCUGCGUCCCUGAAACCGCAGUGCUCAACUGGAGAGAACAACUGUAA